AUGCUUUCUAUCAAUAUUCCAAAGCAUACUACGCCCGAUCAAUAUGAGUUGGGCGAAGUUCUCUCCCUGGCCGUGGGACGCCCCACCGACAUCUUGAUCAAAGUCCAUGCCGCGAGUAUCAACCCGAUAGAUGUCAAAAAAGCCUAUGGGGCAACCAAAAUGGUCCUUAAGGACAGUUUUCCGUACAAAAUUGGUUAUGACUGUGCGGGCACGGUUGUCAAUACCGGAUCCCAGGUGACGCGCUUUAAGGCCGGUGACGAGGUUUUUGUUCGAUUGCCUGAAUGUCACAGGGGAUCAUGGAGUGAGCUCGCAAGGUCGACUGAAGAAUUCGUCGCAUUGAAACCGAAGGGACUUUCAAUGGAAGACGCUGCCUCCAUUCCUUUGGCGGCUAUGACGUCACUACAGGCGCUUCGGGGUUAUGAAGGGGAUCUCGAAGGAAAAACUGUUUUUAUACCUGCUGGGCUGGGUGGAACGGGCCUUUUCGCCUGUCAGCUAGCGAAGAAUGUCUUCAAAGCUGGCAAAGUGAUCACCACGGUUUCCACCGCCAAAGUGCCCAAGGUGCGGGAGCUCUUGGGCGAGGGAGUUGUGGACGAAAUCAUCGACUAUAAAAAGUCGGAUCCCAAGACUGUAAUUCCUCCGCAAUCCGUCGAUUUUAUUUUCGACACCACAGGAAGUGCGAUGGAGUAUCUGCCACUUAUGCGACCUAAAGGAGCCAUCGUUACAGUGACUAUACUCACCUCGGGAGAUGUUCUCCAAAACUCUAGUGUUAUGCGACGAUCGCCAGACAAGCAAGACAAGGCAACCGUGCCAUUUGCUAUCCGUAUUGGCUUGAACGUGAUGGAUCGAAUCCGAGUGGCUCGUGCAUCUCGCUAUGGAGUAAAGUACUCAUCUAUCUUCUUGGAACCAAAUGCGACCGAUCUGGAUUCGAUUCGGCAAUGGGUGGAAGCGGGAAAGUUGAAGACGAUUGUGGGAACAAAGGCAGACUUCAGGGAUAUUAAGGCAGUUCGGAAGGCAUGUCAAGUAGUCUUUGAUGGGAGAGGGGGCGUUGGAAAGUCUGUGAUUGUGUUUGUCUAG